AUGAUUCCGGCAAGCCUCCUACAAGCACUAUUUCCAAAUUUGGUGAAUCCCCAAAAUUUGCCAGAAACCGAAGAAAAGAAACCCGAGAAAUUGCCAAAGAAGGACGUUGUCGCUCAAAUUGGCUCUCAAAAUGAACAAAUUCCAAAUGGAUUCGAAACAGAAAUUCCAAGCAAGGAGGAUGUAUUUGAGGAGGUUUCGGGAAGACUUUCUCAUCACACCGAAUCUAUUACCUAUCAGGUUACCACCGAGGAAGUGAGAAGACGUCUGUUUGGUCCCGAGAAUCUCAACAGCUCUAGUAUGGCACAGAAUUUGAGAAGAGCAAAAUCCCGAGCUGGCGGGGAAAUUCUUCGAAAGCAAUUGGAACAAAAAGGGGUGACAUUGAAAUUGAAUCAGAGACAAACGGAAGUGUUUCCCAAUCAAAUGUUUGCAUUGGUUGAAGGAGAGGCUAUUCAUAUGGCAAAAGAUAUGGAGGAGCUUGUUGAUGAGCAAUAUAACAGUAAUCAGAUUGCUCAGGAAGUUGUCGAUGAGCUGGAAGACGAUAAGUUGGAUUUUGAGGGUUUUGAAACGUGUAUGUCAUCUCUAUCUUCCGCAUUCUCAUCAGUAGUUCCACCACUCACUGGAUUGGUUCCGAAAUCAUCUCAAAAUCGAAAAUUCAAUCGUGAAAUGGAGAUAUUUUCAAAUGUUACUCAUGGAUUUGGCAUCGUUUCUCAACCCACAUGGAUUCGUCAAAUGUUGAAAAUUGGAGAGAAAAUGGAGGAAAUUGUUAAGAAGGAGAAGAAAGAGAAUGGAAAGAAAGAGAAGGAAUAG